CACAACAACGACUCUGUUUACACUUCAAGCAGCACGCUCGACUCGCUAUAUACUAUCACGCAGCAGCAUCCUUCGUACUCCGACCCACCGCACCAUACACAACAACCGCUUCGCCACCACGAUGCCGUUCACCGACCCGGCGUCGCUGCCUACGAUUGCCGAUCUGCCCGCGUCCGACGCCAAGCCAAAGUACAAGCCUGACGCCUCGAUCAACAAGCGCGUCAGCAUCUGGCGGGAAGGCGACAUCACCAAGCUCGAGGCCGACAUGAUUGUGAAUGCCGCAAACAAGAGCCUCCUUGGAGGCGGCGGAGUCGACGGGGCGAUCCACCGCGCCGCGGGCCCAGGCCUUCUCCGCGAGUGCCGCACCCUCGGCGGCGCUAACACGGGCGAGGUCAAGGCCACGGACGGUUACAAUCUUCCGUCCAAGCGGGUCGCGCAUGCCGUCGGGCCCAUUUACGACGAAGAUGAGGCUGAUCUGUGCGAGGAGGAGCUCACAAGCUGCUACAAGCGCUCGCUUGAGCUCUGUGCGACGCACGGAGGCGGAAGCAUAGGCUUCUCGAGCAUCUCGACUGGUAUUUACGGAUACCCGAUUGUGGAUGCCACGCGCGUUGCGCUCGAGACGACUCGCAAGUUUCUGCAGGAGGACACAUCGGUGACUCGAGUUGUCUAUGUCGUCUUUUCCGAGCGGGAUCAAGAGGUGUAUGAGACGCUGGCACCAGAGUACUUCCCCCCGGUUAGUGGGGAUGCCACCGCCGCCACUGCCACAGCGACUCAGGGCGGUGGCGAGUAGCAACCAGUAGCAAGCAGCAAGCAAAUACUAGCGCGGUAGUGAUGUAUGGAAGCA